AUGAUCGCCGCUGUUGAUUGUACGCUUUCCAAACGUACAGUAUCGACAUUUUCUUCUCCAUAUUCUUUGUUUAUUCUUCUUUCCGUUUUAAUUCUUUCAAUUCCUCAAAUCGAUGCGCAAGUUUCUUUAACUUCAAUCAAUUCGAACGCAUGUCAAUGCGAUCAAACAUUGAAUCUUCUCGCACGAUCGGAAUACUUUCGUUUAACAACAAAUAUUCCCAAUGAUCAAUUAAUUCUCUCGAAUCUUUUUGCAUCACCUUACACAUUAUCCCUAAUUCGAAGCACCACAACAACACCAACGUUGACAUUUACAUUCAGCAGAGGCCCAGUCGACCUUUCAGCCAUUCGAAUUAGUGGUUUAACCGGUGAAUUUACUGCUGAUAUCACAACGAGAACAGCAUCGGGCACCAGUACAACAUCAACCGGACCUGUUCAAUCGACGAACGGUGUUAUUAGUCGAUGUUUAUCGCGAGUGACUGAUAUCGUCAUUAAAAUGGAGAGUAUUCCCAUUUCCACGUCCAAACAAGACUUCCAAAUCUAUCUCUCAGCAUGCGAAACGACAUUGCCAUGCAAUUGCACGCCUAUUUAUGACAUUAUGCAAGAUCCCACGUAUUUACAACGAAUUGAAGUCAGUGAAGCAAGUGAACAGCUGGGCACAUUGCGUGAAAUGAUUAUUCGCAAUAACAAAACUGGUUUUCAAUUUAAUCCAUCGUCCACUUCUCGAAACAUUCGCGUUUAUUUCAAAAAGGCAAUUCACAUGGGACUCGUUCAAAUCGUCACACCACGCAGCAAUGUGAAACAAAUCCGUCUAUCGUAUCUCGAUGAAAACAAUCAAACCAUAAAAAAUCCCUCAUUCCAAAAUUGGGGAAUCAAUUAUGUCAGUGAGUACGGACGAGAAAACAAUUCUUUGGAUAAAUUAUGUCCAAGCAUCCCAUUCAACGGUAUUCGAGUGGAAAUCUUACAAACAGAUUCCACACCUGUAGCGUUGAAUGUGACAUUGAAAGUUUUUGUCCGAAUUUGCGAUGGAGAAGGUGGACGAAGAUCAUUGUGCCAUGAGAGUAAUAUUUUAACGCGAGACAACGUGAAGAAAUAUCAAUUUCAAUCGAUUCAAUGUUUGUCGGCCAUGGCACAGGGCUAUGAAAAUCUCAAUGGUGAAAAUUGCCGAUUGAAAAACCCGGAAGUUUUGGUCAAAUUCAAUGAAUAUCAACAAGUUUAUGCAUCGAAAAUUCAAGUUCAACGUGAUCAUCCAAUAUAUCCUGGCAAUGUUCGACAGAUUCAAGCGCAAUUCUACGAUUCAAAUGAUACACUCAUCGUUGAUCAAGUUACUGGUGAACCAGUGACAUGGACAUCACCACAAGAUGAUCCAACUAUUUUGGGAGAUUUUCAAGACAUCCGGGGCAUGUUGAUCAAAGUUUUGAAAACCGAUAACAAUGCUGCCGUUCAACGACUUCGUCUUCGAGUGCUUGGAUGUUAUUCCGGAGUCAAAUUGGCUACAUAUAUCAUCCCAGCUUCACGUACUACAAGAACAGCUGCUACACUAAAAUCAUGCCCAAAUUCAACUGAUUUGAUGGCAAUUCCAACGAACAAAAUCAUCGCUAUGGUACUCAAUGGACAAAAAUCAACAGAUUAUGCAGCAUUGUCACCGACAUCGGCUGGUUUGACAGCCAAAUCUGGUACUAAAGUUCAAACGUGGACCAUCGAUACCAAAACAAUUGAUGCUGUUACAAGUAUCGGUUUAAUCAACUCACCAAAUGUAGUAGGACCCAUUCGAUACACAUUAUACGAUAGUUUCGAUGGAGAGACAACAGUUAUUGGCAACUAUGUUGGAGAAAUUAUUCCUGUUAACAUGGAAGACAUUCAACGAAUUGAGAUUACAACGGACAAGGCAACACUCGAUGGUCAACCACCACGCAACCUUAAACUUGUUCUCAAUGGUUGUUUCAAGGAAGAAUUAUUAAGAACUAAAGCUCAGAUUGAAGCUGAUACAACACAAGCCUCAGUUACAAAAAUCGCUAAUCGGCCACAAUGCGAUGAAAAGAACAUCCUUCAACGUUAUAAUGUUCAUUCGAUAACAUCCAAAGAUAUUAUCUCCGAUUUCACCAACAUCUAUAUCGGCACAAAAGGUUUGACAUUUAAGAAAGCAGAUCCAAAAGUGCUGAUCAAAUUUGUUCCCAAUGAUAUUUUUGUUACAAAAAUGUACGCUGAAGUUGAUAACAAAACAGGUGUUACCGAUCUUAAAACCAUCAGCAAUGUUCGACAAAUCUGUGUGACUUUAUACAACUACAAUUUAACACAAUUAACUUAUUCAAAUGGUACACUUGUACCUGAGCUAGUUUCGUCCAAAGACGAUCCAAUAAUCGAAGGCUGGUACGAAGGCGUUAAGGCCGUUAGCGUACGUCUCUGUAAUACAACAGAUGAUGCGGCACCACGACACUUUCGAUUUGCUGUCGUCGGUUGUUUUUCAUCCAGUGCAACUUACAUUAUUGGUCAAACAGGAGUAACAAUAAAAUCAGGAACAAAAACUACUGCUGGCCACGCUUGCUCCGAUCCACUCAAUCUUCUUACCAAACCAAGCGAUUACAUUCGUGCAGUCAAAGCCAACAAUGUUGCUGUCGACCGAGACUUGUUCAAAGAUGGUGUGACAACCGGUUACACAUUUCCAACAAAAGCAAAUUCAUAUUCAAUUCUCGUGGAAUUCAGUGUUCCAUUAACUGUUGAUCGUAUGGGAAUCCUUCCAGGAGCAGGCGGAACCAAUGUCAACGACUUCGUUGCUACACUUGAUCAAUCUCCUGAUUAUCCUGAAUAUCCCGGUCAAGCUGGAACAUUGAUUCAGGCUGAUGCCGACAACAAACAACGAUCAUAUACAAUUCAAUUCGAUAUCGCUAAAACAGCUGACGGAUCACCACCGAAGAACGUUCGACUCUAUAUUGAUGGUUGUAAUCCUCUUAGAGUUGCAACUAAAGCUCAAAUUGAAGCUGAUGGAACAACAACCAAGAGCGCUUCUCAAUGUGAUCCAAAGAACAUCAUGUUAGAAGAAAACAUGCAAGAAUACUACUCACCAAAUAUUCUCCGCGAUCUCUCAAAAGCAUAUGAAAAUCGUACCGGUGUGACCUUUAUUACUCAACAUCCAACUGUUCGAGCAUACUUCAAAGGAACAGUCAGUAUCUCAACAGUGGCUUUACAAGCAACUUACAAUGAGAAAACAACAAACAUUGCUAAAUUCAGUCUAUACUAUUUGAAUGCCGACGGUACACCAUAUCUCGAUCCAGUGACUGGAAAAGUGUUAACAUACACAAGUGAUUCCAACUUGGCGAUUCAGCAUGACAUUAUUCCGAAUUUGAGAGGACUUAACGUAACAGUUCUUGAAACAACCGGAGGUCUACCAUCCUACUUUCGACUGAAAGUCUUAGGAUGCUUCAAAGCUACUAAUAUAAAUCCAAUCUUUCUUACACAAAGUACACCAUCAUCAACUACACCGUCGUCAACUGCACCACCUGCAAAUAUCAGUGUUGUUGGAACAACAGUUGCUAAAUCAAUGCUAUGUGACAAAAAAAAUAUUUUAGUACGUGAAAAUAUGGAGAAAUUUUCGUCGCCAGCAGCUCCUUUCUCCGAUUUUACUCAAGCGUAUAAAGACUUGAAAGGUGAAAACUUAAGAGUCGGCUACGAUCAAGUAAUCAAUGCCGUUUUCAACAAUCACAUUUGUGUGUCCGACGUGAGUGUUCAAGUCAAUGCUACUGGUCGUUCAUCAUCAAAUGUUGCACAAAUCGAAGUCAGUUAUCUCAAUGUCAACAAGAGCGAUCUACUAGACGCAGAUGGAACUAAAGUUGUUCUACGUUCACCGCUUAACGAUCCAACAAUUGUUGAACAUUCAAUGCGAUGUGGAAUUCUAGGUGUCAAUAUUAAAAUCCUCCGUACAUCCGAUCAACAAGCACCAAAAGCUGUGCGAGUGAUGGUUGAGGGUUGCUACAAACCAGUCGACUAUUAUCUAACGACUACCACACCCAUCGCUACUCAACUAUCUAAGAAGACCUCUCCACCUACUACGACACCUGGAGCGGCUAUUUCUUCUUUCCAUAUAGCUUGUACAAAACCAGUGGAUAUGAUCGAUACCGACGAUGUUUAUUUCUCAAAAGUCGCAGUUGAUGGUAAAACAAUUUUACCACCCUAUCCAAGAUCGUUCGACAUGACCAAAUCAUCAAUGACAGUCGAAUUCCAAACUGUUAACGAUGCAACUCUUACAUCAGCCGGUCUUGUGAAUUCAAAAGAUGCUCAAAUCACGCAAAUAUCCGUUGAAAACGAUUACGACAUUGAUACUCGUACAAAUGCACAAGGACUUCAAAUCAAUUAUGAUCCAAAUAUUGAAUUAAAUCAAGGCGUUAUUUUCACGUUGACAGCCGCGAAAACCGGCGUUCAAUAUCCCAAAACAGUCAAACUCUUUCUUCGUGCUUGUGGUAAACCAAUGGCACUCAACACGAAAGCUCAAAUAGAACCUGACACAACGACGACAAAAGCUAGUAUUUCUAAUACAACGCAAGCCGCACAAACCACUACAGUUACUACGACAAUUCGAACUAUGAAAACAAAACCGCCAGUAACCAAACAAUGUGCAAAAAUUAUUGAUAUGUCAACGCAAGCUGAUAAGUUUAUUGCUUCGGUUCAAGUUAACGGCCGAUCAGUAGCACCUAAAACACUUUCCGACACUUUAUCAGUCAGCAAAAUACCCACCACCAUUGAUUUGACAUUCAUAAAGGAAGUCAUUCUUCAAAAUGUUACGAUCCUUAAUCCAGCCGAAUCGAAAAUAACAUCUAUCAGUGCAUUAACCGAUUAUGAUUUCGAGCCAGUGUUGAGUCAGAACGAAUCGAAUCCCAGCGUUGUGUAUACUCCAUAUAUGGAGGAUGUCAUACCAUUAACCGUAGAAAUCUUGAAAGUAGAGGGUAAUUCUCUUCCAAAACAAGUAAAACUCGGAAUUUUUGGCUGUGCCGAUCCAACGACAAUAAAUACAAAAGCACAGACAGAACCAUACACGACAACAAGCAAUACUCAAACUACCGUCGCCGGCGUAACAUCAACAACAUCAUCACUGCCUAAUGUAUCUAGUCAAACCACUACGACUGUACAAACCACCCCGACGCCCCAGACUACUACCAAAACAUCCAGUCCAGUUUGUGAAAACCCUGUCGAGCUUACCUCAUUCGGAUCACAAAUGAUCGCCUCAGUCAAACUCAACAACAAAGACAUUAGUCCCGAUGCACUCAAAGCAUCCUUCGCUCUUUCUACUGUGCCAACCACCGUCGACAUUCUUUUCAUCAAGGAAGUGAUCAUUCAAAACAUCUCCAUUGCCAAUCCUGCUGAAUCGAAGAUCACAUCCAUCAGUGCACUAACUGAUUUCGACGAUGCACCACGUCUGAGCGACAAUCCCAGUAGCCCAAGCAUCAAAUACUCUCCAUACAUGGAAGACGUGAUUCCAUUGUCAGUUACAAUCAAGAAAACCAGUGACGGCACAGUUCCUUCGAACACCCGUUUGAGUAUCAUUGGUUGUGCCAAGCCAACAACGAUCGUAACGAAGGCUCAGAUCGAACAAGACACGACAACAACGAGCAGAACAUCAAGCCAGCCAGGCCAAACAACUCAUCCAGGUCAACCGGAUCUUACGACUCAACCAGGUCAGCCAGGCCAAACAACUCAACCAGGCCAGCCAGGCCAAACUACACAACCAGGUCAACCGGGUCUUACGACACAACCAGGUCAGCCAGGCCUAACGACCCAACCCGGUCAACCGGGCCAAACAACUCAACCAGGUCAACCGGGUCAACCGGGCCAAACAACUCAACCUGGUCAACCGGCCCAAACAACUCAACCAGGUCAACCGGGUCUUACGACACAACCUGGUCAACCGGGCCAAACAACUCAACCUGGUCAACCGGGCCAAACAACUCAACCUGGUCAACCAGGCCAAACAACACAAUCUGGUCAACCGGGCCAAACAACUCAACCAGGUCAACCGGGUCUUACAACACACCAAGGUCAGCCAGGCCAAACAACACAACCUGGUCAACCCGGCCAAACAACUCAACCAGGUCAGCCAGGCCAAACAACACAAUCUGGUCAGCCAGGCCAAACAACACAACCUGGUCAGCCAGGCCAAACAACACAACCUGGUCAACCGGGCCAAACAACACAACCUGGUCAACCAGGCCAAACAACACAAUCUGGUCAACCGGGCCAAACAACUCAACCAGGUCAACCGGGUCUUACAACACACCAAGGUCAGCCAGGCCAAACAACACAACCUGGUCAACCCGGCCAAACAACUCAACCAGGUCAGCCAGGCCAAACAACACAAUCUGGUCAGCCAGGCCAAACAACACAAUCUGGUCAGCCAGGCCAAACAACACAACCUGGUCAACCGGGCCAAACAACACAACCUGGUCAACCGGGCCAAACAACACAACCUGGUCAACCGGGCCAAACAACACAACCAGGUCAACCGGGUCUUACGACACAACCAGGUCAACCAAGCACCACCACUAAACAGUGUGCUGAAAUGGAAGCCAUCGAUGAACCAACUAGCAAGAAGAUCAUUGUCACACCGAACGAGCUACCACAAGACAAGAAGGCAGAUCUUCAACCAACAUCGAAGAAUGGUGUAUCAUUCCCAACCAACGACAGAACACCAACAUUCAUUGUGAACUUCGACAAACCAGCGGAAGUACAAUCGGUCACCAUUCCACGUGACAAGACUCAAGGUGCUAAUAUUGAACAGUUCCAAGUGACACUCUUCUUCCCCAAUGGGUCGAAGGUGAACCCAACACCAAUUCAGUCAACGAACAGUCCGAAAGAUGACAAAUCGAAACCAGCCACAGUUGAUUCGAGCAAACUUCCGUCGAACACUCCAACGUCGAAGGUGGAAGUGACAGUCGUGAAAACAACAGAUGGCGAAUCACCGAAAGGUGUAGUGUUGAGUGUGAAAGCAUGCACGGAAUCAUCGACAACCCCAUCAGCAAUAUCGACAUCUGCGGUCACAACGAGUACAACAGCGAAAAUAUCAAGUGCAGUCUGUGAAAACCCUGUCGAGCUCACCUCAUUCGGAUCACAAAUGAUCGCCUCAGUCAAACUCAACAAGAAAGACAUUAGUCCCGAUGCACUCAAAGCAUCCUUCGCUCUUUCUACUGUGCCAACCACCGUCGACAUUCUUUUCAUCAAGGAAGUAAUCAUUCAAAACAUCUCCAUUGCCAAUCCUGCUGAAUCGAAGAUCACAUCCAUCAGCGCACUAACUGAUUUCGACGAUGCACCACGUCUGAGCGACAAUCCCAGUAGCCCAAGCAUCAAAUACUCUCCAUACAUGGAAGACGUGAUUCCAUUGUCAGUUACAAUCAAGAAAACCAGUGAUGGCACAGUUCCUUCGAACACCCGUUUGAGUAUCAUUGGUUGUGCCAAGCCCACAACGAUCGUAACGAAGGCUCAGAUCGAACAAGACACGACAACAACGAGCAGAACAUCAAGCCAGCCAGGCCAAACAACUCAACCAGGUCAACCGGGUCUUACGACUCAACCAGGUCAGCCAGGCCUAACGACUCAACCCGGUCAGCCAGGCCAAACAACUCAACCAGGUCAACCGGGUCUUACGACUCAACCAGGUCAACCAGGUCUAACAACUCAGCCAGGUCAACCGGGUCUAACAACACAACCUGGUCAACCCGGCCAAACAACUCAACCAGGUCAGCCAGGCCAAACAACUCAACCAGGUCAACCGGGUCUAACAACACAACCAGGUCAACCGGGUCUUACGACACAACCAGGUCAGCCAGGCCAAACGACUCAACCAGGUCAGCCAGGCCUAACGACUCAACCAGGUCAACCGGGUCUAACGACACAACCAGGUCAGCCAGGCCUAACGACUCAACCAGCUCAACCAGGCCAAACAACUCAACCAGGUCAAGCGGGUCUUACGACACAACCUGGUCAACCGGGCAUAACGACACAACCAGGUCAGCCAGGCCAAACGACUCAACCAGGUCAACCGGGCCAAACGACUCAACCUGGUCAGCCAGGUCAACCGGGCCAAACAACACAACCAGGUCAACCGGGUCUUACGACACAACCUGGUCAACCGGGUAUAACGACACAACCAGGUCAGCCAGGCCAAACGACUCAACCAGGUCAACCGGGUCUUACGACACAACCAGGUCAGCCAGGCCAAACGACUCAACCAGGUCAACCGGGUCUAACAACACAACCAGGUCAACCGGGUCUUACGACACAACCAGGUCAGCCAGGCCAAACGACUCAACCAGCUCAACCAGGCCAAACAACUCAACCAGGUCAAGCGGGUCUUACGACACAACCUGGUCAACCGGGCAUAACGACACAACGAGGUCAGCCAGGCCAAACGACUCAACCCGGUCAGCCAGGCCAAACAACUCAACCAGGUCAACCGGGUCUUACGACACAACCAGGUCAGCCAGGCCAAACGACUCAACCCGGUCAGCCAGGCCAAACAACUCAACUAGGUCAACCGGGUCUUACGACACAACCAGGUCAGCCAGGCCUAACGACUCAACCAGCUCAACCAGGCCAAACAACUCAACCUGGUCAACCGGGCCAAACAACUCAACCUGGUCAACCGGGCCAAACAACACAACCAGGUCAAGCGGGUCUUACGACACAACCUGGUCAACCGGGCCAAACAAGUCAACCAGGUCAGCCAGGCCAAACAACUCAACCAGGUCAACCGGGUCUAACAACACAACGAGGUCAACCGGGUUUUACGACACAACCUGGUCAACCGGGCCAAACAACUCAACCUGGUCAACCGGGCCAAACAACACAACCUGGUCAACCAAGCACCACCACUAAACAGUGUGCUGAAAUGGAAGCCAUCGAUGAACCAACUAGCAAGAAAAUCAUUGUCACACCCAACGAGCUACCACAAGACAAGAAGGCAGAUCUUCAACCAACAUCGAAGAAUGGUGUAUCAUUCCCAACCAACGACAGAACACCAACUUUCGUUGUGAACUUCGAGAAACCAGCGGAAGUACAAUCGGUCACCAUUCCACGUGACAAGACUCAAGGUGCUAAUAUUGAACAGUUCCAAGUGACACUCUUCUUCCCCAAUGGGUCGAAGGUGAACCCAACACCGAUUCAAUCAACGGACAGUCCGAAAGAUGACAAAUCGAAACCAGCCACAGUUGAUUCGAGCAAACUUCCGUCGAACACUCCAACGUCGAAGGUGGAAGUGACAGUCGUGAAAACAACAGAUGGCGAAUCACCGAAAGGUGUAGUGUUGAGUGUGAAAGCAUGCACGGAAUCAUCGACAACUCCACCAUCAACAUCUACGUCUACAGUUACAACGGGCACAACAGCGAAAACAUCAAACGCAGUCUGUGAAAACCCUGUCGAGCUCACCUCAUUCGGAUCACAAAUGAUCGCCUCAGUCAAACUCAACAACAAGGACAUUAGUCCCGAUGCACUCAAAGCAUCCUUCGCUCUUUCUACUGUGCCAACCACCGUCGACAUUCUUUUCAUCAAGGAAGUGAUCAUUCAAAACAUCUCCAUUGCCAAUCCUGCUGAAUCGAAGAUCACAUCCAUCAGUGCACUAACUGAUUUCGACGAUGCACCACGUCUGAGCGACAAUCCCAGUAGCCCAAGCAUCAAAUACUCUCCAUACAUCGAAGAUGUGAUUCCAUUGUCAGUUACAAUCAAGAAAACCAGUGACGGCACAGUUCCUACGAACACCCGUUUGAGUAUCAUUGGCUGUGCGAAGCCAACAACGACCGGCACGACGGCUCCAGUCGAACAAGACACGACAACAACGAGCAGAACAUCCAGCCAGCCAGGCCACACCACUACCUCCGGACAACCAUCUGCACCUGGCCAAACAGCUAUCUCCGAACAGCCAUCACAACCUGCGCAGACUAGUUCCACUGGAACAUUUACAACUUCGUUUUCAGUGUCUACCUUCCUCGGUUCCAGCCCUACUUCAACAAUCACUGGCACUACUAAGAAACAAUGCGCGGAAAUGGAAGCCAUUGAUGAACCCACCAGCAAAAAGAUCACUGUCUUCCCAGAUGAUAUCCCCCAAAACAAGAAAACCGACUUUCAACCAACAUCAAACACUGGUGUCUCCUUCCCAUCGAAUGACAAGAAACCGACGAUCACAGUCAACUUCGACAAGCCAGCCGAAGUACAAUCGGUGACCAUUCCACGUGACAAGACGCAAGGUGCUAAUGUCGAACAGUUUGAAGUGACGUUCUACUCCCCCAACGGAUCGAAAGUGAACCCAACACCGAUUCAAUCAACUGACAGUCCGAAGGAUGACAAGUUGAAACCACCCACGGUGGACUCGAGCAAGAUUCCAGCCGAUACUCCAGUGUCGAAAGUACAGGUCACAGUUGUGAAGACUACUGAUGACGAAUCACCGAAAGGAGUGGUGCUGAAAGUACGAGCCUGUGUUGAACCAACUACUGGUGCUUCAGGACAACCAACACAGCCCGGACAGACCGGCGGUUCAGGACAGCCAACACAACCAGGUCAAACACCUGCUUCCGGACAACCAACACAACCAGGCCAGACCGGCGGUUCAGUACAGCCAACACAACCAGGUCAAACCGAUGCCGCUGGCGCAACAUCAGCUGCUUCUUUGUUGUCGACAUUGUUCAGUUCAACUACAACUUCGAUAAUUACUGGCACAACAAAGAAACAAUGCGCGGAAAUGGAAGCCAUUGAUGAACCCACCAGCAAAAAGAUCACUGUCUUCCCAGAUGAUAUCCCCCAAAACAAGAAAACCGACUUUCAACCAACAUCAAACACUGGUG